GGUAUUUACAGCAUAUCCUGCGCUCCGAAUGCUGGGCACGGUGAAAGCGUCAAAUGGUAGCACCGUCUCUCGGACUCUGCAUUCUCCCUCUGCCUUUACACAGUAUUUUACCCCUAAGGAACGUGCGUUCGGGUUCCAGUAGCCAGCUGGAAACGACUAGGCCAGCAGCACCCAUCACCGGAACCCACCUCAUUCUGCUCCCAGAGCUCCCUUCUGCCCCACCAUCAUCCUACACGUCGUCCGGAUGCGAAUAAAAAGCCAAAAGGCAGCACGUUCCCACCAUAGUACCUACAUUCUGUCCCCCCUUCUCCUCCGCCCCGAUGCUUGGUACCUGAAUGGCGGAUAUUCAGGGAGCUUCAACGGACCAGCAUCAUCCACACUUCAGGCAUGGGAACCACACACCAGUGACCAGCGACACUCACGGCCGUUUGCCCGUUCUUUCUUGCUUUCCCACCACCUCGAGUUUCCACCUGGGUGCACACAUUGAUUGACACACCCCGAGUCCACGACUACCUACGCCACAUCGACCCAGUCCCGUCCCCCCAACAAGAAGACCAAAAGAGUGAAAAAGAGAGAAGAGAGCAGUCCAAAUGCCGCCUAGCACCAGAUCCACCACACCUGCUUGCCUGGCUAUGUCACCUUCAAUGCUCCUCGCCCACCUGCACUAACACCACCACCAUCCAAUUCAAAGGCGGCGGCGCGCAAAGGAAAGAAAAAAAAAAUCCAAUCCAGAAAAUACCCUUUGCACUAAGCACUGCACCCCCCAACCCAAGACUUUCCUCUUUCGUCCUGGCCGCUGCCGGUCUUCCUGUCGUCGACUCGUCGUCCGUUUUCCCUUGGCUUGACCGGCCUCUUUUCUCUGGUGGCUCCUGCGCAUCAGCUUCUUCUUCAACCUACUCUUGCCCUGGUGUCCUCUGUCCUCUUCUUCAUCCUCAAUCUCCUCCUCCUCCCCCCCCCUCCUCCUCCAUCCUACCUCGCCCUUGUUCUUUCAUACCGGGUUCUCCUUCUUCUCUACCUAUCGUCACCACCAAUUGAUAGCUUUCUCCUCCGGCCCAGCAUCCUCCUUCUCUUCAUGCCAUUUUGCCGUUCCUCCGCUGGUCGACUACUGCUCCCGCUACCGCCAUUGCCAUCUCUCGUUACAUCUCAGCUCUGUAUUACCAUCGCCGCAGUCCGUCUUGCAUCGUCUCUUGUUUGCAUACCGCCCAGUCUUUUUUUGUCGCCUUUCCCGCAAUCCUCAACAGCCACCCGUCAUACCUUCCCUCCGGCGUUCCCUCCCGCGCUUAAACAGUUCUGUAAUAUUCGCAACCACCUUCCGCCAGCGCCGCCGACGCCCAGCUCCUGAUAGGACCGUCCACUCGUUCUGCCUGCGAGACAACGCCCAUCGCCAAUAUCUGUGUCGCCUCAACCCAAUCUCCUGUGGUCUCACAGGGGCCCGGGAGACCUGUCGUGCUGGUUCCCCCGACUUGUAGACCCGGACAUUCAGCAAACAUGGCCAACGCAACCCUCGACUCGACCGCCGCGUCGCAACCAACCUCUGGUAUCUCUUCACCCCAAUUCCAGACAAGGUCGCGCACUCAGAGCGUUUCGAGCGAUCGCCCUUCCACCAUCAUGAGUGUCGGCCUCAUGUCUCCUCCCCUCUCCGUCACACCCGACGCCGCCUUCAUUGCCGCCUCGGCCGCCUCUCAGAUCGUCACCAACGACCACGACAGUCACGCCGAUACCUGGUACGACCAGCAUGGCAUCGAACCCGCCGGCGAGACCGCCAUGGUCUCGACGUCCGCCCUGCACUUGGUGAACGGCUUCCUCGACCAGCUCCUGUUCAACUUCCUAUCCACGUCGCGCGCAACCACCCUCGCCGCCCUCAGGCCCGCCGUAUCCGAAGUUCUCAAACCAAAACUCGCCAAGGAUGCCAUCAACCAAGCAGACGAGGAGCUGCGGGAGUACCUGGGCGGAGCCGACGAAGAUGAUUUCGCUCAAUCGCAAACGUCAGACACCAAAGAUUGGGACCUGGAGCUCGUCUGGAAAAGAACGCGAUUGAGGUGCAUGGUGUACUCGUCGCUUGGCGACAUGGAAGAGGAGGAUGAAGACUACUAUAUGGAGCAAGAAAACCUCAAGCCCGGCAUCGACGAGCGUGGCCCCGAGGUUAUCUCCCCAGCGGUCGCCAUUUUCCUGACGUCGAUUCUCGAAUAUAUGGGCGAGCAGGCCCUCGUCAUUGCAGGUCAAGCCGCAUACCACCGGCUACGUGCGAAAUUCGAAAAGGAACCCAAGGAGGGUGCCAAGAGCAUUGCCGAUAUCGCCGAUAGAAUCGUCGUCGAAGAGCUGGACAUGGAACGCGUCGCUCUCGACAGGACUCUGGGCAGACUCUGGCGGGCGUGGAAGAAAAGGCUUCGAUCUCCUACUCUGGACCCCCGCCCGUUUUCGCGCGCCUCGUCAGCCCAAAACAAACAGAGCAACGCCGUCGAAAAUUGCGAGAGCCCGCUCCCCGCCAAGGGCCUCGGUAUUGAAGAAGCGCCGCGCGAGGAGCCCGAGGUCGAACAAGUCGAGAACCGCGUCGAGGCGUCGGCCAUCCCGCUACCGAUUGGAGAACGCGACAUUGAUGAAAUCGAAGUGCCGGGCCUUGCCUGCUACAGUGACGAAGAGGAGUCGGAUUUCGAGGAGGAGGACGAGCCGGCAGCGCGUCGGCCGAAGAGCCUGAUGAUCUUCACCUCCCAUCCCAGCAAUGACCUGCCCACCCCCACCAUGUCUCAACCUCAUACCCCAACUGCUCCCUCCGGUCGCAAGCGCUCCAGCUCCUUGCCUACCCCUUCAACUUCGCCUUACACAUCGCCUGUGCUAAAACGCGCCAAGAUUGACCUGGUCCAGACCGAGCUCGUUGAUCAACAAGCGGGUUCGGACAAGAAGGAAAUUUCAAACGAGGCAAUCCCCGCGGACUUGCAGUCAGCCACCGACAAGUCGCAAGCCCAGCUUGGUGCAGUCAAGCCGGUGCAGAAGCCGGUGCAGAAGUCGGUCAAGGCAAAGUCUCAGGCAGAGGUUGAGACGGCCCCGGAACCCAAGCCUCGUAAUCCGAACCGAGUCUCGCAAGUCGGCAUCUCUGCCACGGUAGUAGCAGCAGCGACUGUGGGUGGUGUUGCAUCCGCUGCGACAAGGAAUGCGCCCGAGUCCAAGCCAGAGCCAGCAGAGGAAGAAAGCGGCGAUAUUGACGACUUUACCGAGGAACCAGAAAUUUGCACAUCUUCCAGAGUUUCAAUUGCCGGGCGUAGCUCACCGAGCAACUCGGAGUCUGGAAAGCCAGGUGUGGUUGCCCCCAAGCUACUGCAGCGAACUCCCAGUGUCCACUCGGCUCGCGUUGUUGAUGUCCACGGGCCUAAGAGUCCUGUGGCCGGUUCAAGAGCGUCGUCUGUGGAUGCCUCUGAUCGCUCUCGGCCAGUCAGUCUCUCUCGCGCGAGCAGCGUUUCUCGUUCAACACCUCCGAUUAUUGAAGAGAAGCAGAAACCGAAGCCGGUUGAGAUUGAUACCAUCAUUCGUUCAUCCUCCUCAACACCUCGUACCCGGUCUCCGGUUGAGAAGUUGUCUCGCAGACAGAACACCAGCGAUUCAAUCUCGGAAGUCGACGAGGAGGACGAGGCACGACUUACUCGCCAGGAAAGGUCAAGGGCCGCCACUGUCGCCUCGACCCCGACUCUCAAUGCUGGCACUACCGAUCCCCGAUCUUCUCAGACAUUGUCCAGCUCCGCCCGCCAGCCCGGCCCCUCUCGUCACGAUCACACACAAUCCGCGGCGACCAAGGUCACCAUCCUGAGCAACACCCACACUACUGGUGCCAUCGCCGAAGAUCGCGUGCCCUCGCCGCACAACCAUUCCCAUACUACGCCGACUCCGACUGUGCUUGAGCGCAAUUCAGGCCUGGCAGCACACGGAACCCACUCGCCGGCCGCCAGCAUCGGAGUGGUGGCACCUGAGCGACCUGCUGCAGGUCACGACUCUCCCGACCGCACUCGACAGCUUCGAACAUCUGGCUCCUCUGGGUCUUCAAGCACCAACAAGAUCCGAGCCGUCAGAACGUCCGAGGACACCAAGGCCCCCGGUCGCGUCGACAACCUCGCUCGAAACUUUGAGGAGCUCAUUCAGAGUGACCAGACCAUACAGUACACGCUUACCCCGGAGAGCAUGCGUGACCUUGGUGCAAACCGAGCACAGAGCGCGAGUCCCGUGGUUGGGCCCAAAUCGAGGAGAAGUGAAGAUGCCCGUACUAUUAUGAAUGGUGAGCGGAAAAGGUCUGUCUCUGGCCUUGAUAUUCGCAGGACCGUGUCUGUCAGCCGCGCAACGGGAUUGAACUCGCAUCCGCCAGAGGUCAAGCCCAAGGGUUUUAUCCCGAGGGCACCUCCCAGCACAACUUUGACCAGGUCAAAGACUGGCGGUCCGCAGGCGCGAGACGCCCGCGUACCUCGAGACACCGCUAUGAAUGAUUUUGCCGACUUCAUCAGAUCUACUGGCCCAACAGCUGCCAACGGGCCUGCCCCGCUGCGCAAUGUGAGCGGCCCGGCGCCUCCAGUGAAGAGUAGUCACGACUCGAGACACGUAUCGUCAACGAAUCGACCCCGUCUUCAGGCGCGGGACGCCGCUGUCGAUAACCGCGAGGACAACUCUGACCUGAUUGACUUCAUACGUCGCGGGCCGCCAAAUGCGAACAAUCCUCGGAUUCCUCGCACAGUUGCCCCUUUCCGAACUACCAUGGAUUCCGACCAAAUGUCUGGCGCCGUCGGUGGCAAGGCCAUUGAUGCCAGCUUGCCUGAUAUUCGAUACAGCCAAGCUUCGACCAACAUCACGGACAUUACCCAGCCUUCUGUUCAAUCGUCGAUUAACUCGCAGAGUGCUCUCCUACAAAACCGCUCCAACAGUAAUGCUUUUGACGACGACGAUGACAUGAUGCCUAAGCGCACCAGACGUCGCGUGCGUGACCCGUAUGCCAUCGAUCUGAGCGAUGAAGACGAAGAGGACUAUGCGCAAGCGGUUCGACCUCCUCCCAAGAAGGAGGAGAGUUUGGCGGAUUUUUUGAAGAACUACUCGCCACCUCCCGAGCCGGCCUCCGUUUCGCAGAACACGCCAAAAAGGAAGGCGAGCGCUCCCAGUCUCAUUGGACGUUUUUCCAGGAAAGACAGUAAUGCCGGGUCCAACAUCGCAAAGCCGGACAAUCGGUCUUUGGGCAGCCGUACUGGAGGCCACGGCCACGUUCCUAUCCAGGUCAACACCUCUUCGGGUCAAGACAAGUACGCUGGCGGUGGUGACGCUAGUGCAAACCGUUCAGCUAUGCAUUCCUCGGCCGGCCGCGUGCCCAUGAAGAGGUUCGAGCCAAGGGAAGCUGUUUCGUCCACGACCCGAACCAACGACCUCGCAACAUUCCUUCGCAGCUCCGAGCCGCCCCAAAUGACGCCUGCGGCGCGCUCCAACACGUCUGUCGAGCCGCAGCAGCAGAGCAGUAGCAGUAGUGGUUUCUCCAAAAUGUUUGGCCGCCGCAAGAAGUCGAGCUUGGCUUAGUUGCCCAAGCCGCGCCGGCGCGGAGCCACGACAUGAAUGAAGCUUACGAUCUCAAAAAUCGCCUACGAACAAAGUCAUGUCCCCUCAAUUCUGUCUCGCACUGUCAUCCAAACCACGUGUCACACCAUCACCUCGUCUUGUUCUGAUUAAAGAACAGAAGGGCGGCAAACGUCCGGUCUGAAUAACCCUUGUUUGAUUUCGAUUUUUGUACUUACAUGUUUCCUUUGCAUUGAUGCUCUGAUACCACCCUUCCCGGAAAGACGGGACAGGAUCAUGUUCAAUUCUUGAGCGGCCUUGGCGAAGGACCUGCUUGCCUUCGGCAUCAUUCAUUUUCAUAUUUGUCUUUUGGAUAUUGGGAUCGCAGGAUGGAAAAUUAGCAGAGAUCACACUCGUCACGCUUUGAACAGACGGAAUUUAUCUGGACUAGAAAGGCAUUAUUAGAUAUGCAAAAGCGGUCAAUACCAUCAUGCUC